AUGGGAAACUUCAGUGCCAUCACUGAGUUCAUCCUCCUUGGGCUGUCCACUGAUGCCCAGGUCCAAGCUGUGCUCUUUGUGCUGUUCCUUGUGAUUUACCUCCUAACCCUGACAGGGAACUUAAUGAUGCUGCUGGUGAUGAUGGCCGAUGCUCACCUCCACUCCCCUAUGUACUUCUUCCUGGGUCAUCUCUCUUUCCUGGAUCUUUGCUAUUCAUCAAUCUCUGUGCCCAAAAUGCUGGAGAAUCUCAUGUCUAAGACAAAAACAAUUUCUGUAGAGGGAUGCCUGAUCCAGGCCUUCUUCGUGUUUGCUAUUGGGGCCACUGAGGCCUGCCUGCUUGCAGUCAUGGCCUAUGAUCGUUAUGUUGCCAUUUGCCACCCUCUGCUCUAUGGCCAGAUGAUGAGCAAUCGACUCUGUGAGGGGCUCGUGUGGGGCUCCUGGGGCCUGACCUUCCUGAACUCACUCAUCAACAUCCUUCUAGCUGUGAAUUUGGACUUCUGUGAGCACAGAACUAUCCAUCACUAUAUCUGUGAGCUUCCCCCUCUCUUCAUUCUCUCCUGCUCUGAUGUCUCAACCAAUAUCACUGUCAUGCUCUGGUCUUUUAUCAUGCUUGCCUUUGUAACUCUUCUCCUGAUUUUAUCUUCCUAUGUCUGCAUUGUUUCUACCAUUCUGAGCAUCAGCUCCACCACAGGCAGAAGUAAGGCCUUCUCCACCUGCUCCUCCCACCUCACUGUGGUGAUCAUGUAUUUUGGCUCAGCGGGUUUACGCUACCUCAUGCCGGCUUCAGGCUCUCCCUUGGAGUUAAUCUUCUCUUUGCAGUACAGUGUGCUCACUCCCAUGCUGAAUCCCCUCAUCUACAGCCUGCAGAACAAGGAGGUGAAGGCUGCUGUGAGAAGAAUGUUUGGAAAGUAUUGGCCUCAUUGGAAGUAG